AAGACUAGGAGGUGCUUAAAGACUUGGACCCAGUGGAAGUCAAAGAAGUUAGAGCGCAACCUUCGCGAACACACGCCCAACUGAGUCAAGGCGCUCUCACUUCAACCUGGGACUGGCGGCUGAACUAACAUGGGCCGCGGCCGUGGGCGGGGCAGGUUUGAAGCGGAGUUCGCGCGCUGGGAGCGUUGGGCUGUCAUUGGCCGGCGCCUGGCUUCCUUUGUGGGCGCUCUGCGUCACCCGGCUAGGGUUUGGGCGGGGCAGCAGGCUGACGCAGAGCCCGCCGCAACCAAUCAGGACUGGAGAAGCAAGGCCAAGAAGGAAGCGGAUCCGCGGCCGCGCAGUUAAACCGCAGCGAACUGCCCACUCCGUCUCCCUCCGCCGCUACGGGGCCUAAGCGGGAGCGGCUGGGACGGCGUCAGUGGGUGGGCUGGGGCGGAAGUGUAGGCGGAGGGAGACGGUGGCGACCGCGGGACCUUGCGCUCUUGUUGCGAGGCCCAGGUGGGCGCAGGGCAGGGGGAGGGGGUGGAGGAGGAGCCCGCGGCCCGGGCGGCGGCGGCGCCUGAGUUCGCCGUAGGGCUCCGCCUUGGCGCGGGCGGCGGUGGAGGAGGAGACUGAGGAGCAGGAUGGCGGCCUCGGCCCUGUAUGCUUGCACCAAGUGUACCCAGCGCUAUCCCUUCGAGGAGCUCUCCCAGGGCCAGCAGCUCUGCAAGGAAUGUCGGAUUGCACAUCCUAUUGUAAAAUGUACUUACUGCAGAUCAGAAUUUCAACAAGAGAGCAAAACUAAUACAAUUUGUAAGAAGUGUGCUCAAAAUGUGAAGCAGUUUGGGACACCCAAACCUUGUCAAUACUGUAACAUAAUUGCAGCGUUUAUUGGUACCAAAUGUCAGCGUUGCACAAAUUCAGAAAAAAAGUAUGGGCCACCUCAGACCUGUGAACAGUGCAAGCAACAAUGUGCUUUUGAUCGGAAAGAGGAAGGAAGAAGGAAGGUUGAUGGAAAGUUAUUAUGCUGGCUCUGUACUUUGUCAUAUAAGAGAGUUUUACAGAAGACAAAAGAACAAAGGAAGAGCCUGGGAUCUUCACAUUCAAAUUCUUCUUCAUCAUCUCUUACUGAAAAAGACCAGCAUCAUUCAAAACAUCAUCACCACCAUCACCAUCAUCACCAUCGUCACAGCAGUAGCCAUCACAAAAUCAGCAAUCUAAGUCCAGAACAAGAGCAGGGACUGUGGAAACAGAGCCAUAAAUCCUCUGCAGCAAUUCAGAAUGAAACUCCAAAGAAAAAGCCUAAAUUGGAAUCUAAGCCAUCUAAUGGAGAUAGUAGCUCUAUAAAUCAGUCAGCAGAUAGUGGGGGAACAGACAAUUUUGUCCUUAUAAGUCAACUGAAAGAAGAAGUGAUGUCACUUAAGCGUCUCUUACAGCAAAGAGACCAGACCAUUUUAGAAAAAGAUAAAAAGUUAACUGAGCUAAAGGCAGACUUCCAGUACCAGGAGUCAAAUUUGAGAACAAAGAUGAACAGUAUGGAAAAAGCUCACAAAGAAACUGUGGAACAGCUUCAGCCAACUGUGUCUUCAGACAGCAAUUAUAUUAAUAUAGACAUUUACCAACGGGACUGAUGAACCAGUCUACAAUCUUCUUUCUACUUAUCUAUAACCUGAAAAGGAUGAACUUAAAUACACUAACUCAUUUGAUCUGUUAGUUUUUCAGUGCAAUCUUUUGUUACAUAAAUAAGCAACAUUAAUGUUAAGUAGUGUUUUUCAGGAUGAUUCAAUAUGUCAGACUUUAAAUCUUGAAUUUUUGUCUCUCACAGGCUAAAAACAGAGAACUACUCAAACAGGUUGCAGCAUUGUCAAAGGGUAAAAAGUUUGACAAAAGUGGAAGCAUACUAACAUCUCCUUGAAAAAAUAUUUAAGUGUUUCUGCUUAUAAUGUAAAUUUGGGGGAAGAAUUCUGUGAAGCCCUUACAUUCUGUGUAGUGCAAAAAAUAUUUUUACACAUCAGAUGAAUUGAUGUGUUUCCUAUUCACUUUUGUAACUGAUAUAUAGCAUUUUUUAAGUUGUAAAACAUUCAAAUAAAACUUCAACUGGUUUGAAGUAACUUUUUAAUUAUUUGAUAUCCAAGAACUUUUUGCCAGCAAUAGUAUUAAACAGUUGUAAAGGAGUGCAUGAGUAGUGCUCUUUAUAAAAUGCAACACGCAAUAAUAGAGUAGGUAUGGUAUUAAAAAGUCAAAGCAGCAGGGUUUUUGGGGGGUUUUUGUUUAACACUAUGCUAGAUUCAGAUAAAUAGUUUUCAAUUAGGAGAACAAAAAGUUUUGAACAAGGAAUAUGGUUAACACUGGUAUUUUGGAAUUGUAUUUUUACUUUGCAUCAACAUGAAUUCAUAAAUUUAGAGAAUCAUGGUGCUUUUAUUAAAUGAAUUCCAGAGUACAUGUAAAUACAUUUUUAGAAGUUAUAUCAUCAUGAGUUAGUAACCAAGCAUUUUCAUUUUUUAGUAUAGAAGUCAAUGUUUAUUGUACAGUAUCUUGAGGUAAAAUGUGUUUUUGUUUUGUACAAAACUACUGUAGAUUUUUACUUACAAGUGCCUUUUGCCACCUAAUGUUUUUAUUUAUAGGAAUGCUGAUCUUUUGUACAUAGUUUGUUUUAAAAUCAUGUUUAAUGUUUGUAUAUAAAUGCUUAUGUACAGAAGCCUAUUUCAAAAAGAAAUCAAAGUUGCUAGUAAUGUUUUUGAAGUUGCAUUAAGAACUGAUAAUGCAUAUAGACUAGAUGAUUUUGUGGUUAGUUUUUGUGUGAUACUGGGAAGCUGUUGGUGACUGAAUGCAUUGAAUUAUUUUGAAAUCAUUACCUAAAAAUUUAAUUGUAAAUCAAUUCUGAUAGAGUAAUUUUAUUUUUUGUUAUAUGGCUUCGUGUUCAUAUUUUGUGAGUUACGUGGUUUGCUUUAUAUUUUUAAUAUAAAAUUCCUUUAAAACUUAUAAUGUUUCUACAGUGGUCAUAAUCUGCAUACCCUAUAAUUUGUGGGGAUAUCUAAGUUAAUAUUUAUGUAUAUCAUACUUAGUUUAUAAAUUUAAUGCAAAUUUAGAAAAAAUUAAGUAACUUUUUAUAAUCUCAUCUAUGCUUAUCUUAAAUUGGAGUCUAAGAUUCAGGCACUAUGUAUAAGUAAAUUGUCUCAAAGUCUUUAAAUUUUUCUAUAUAAAGAUGAUGCGAGAUAGGUUAUAUGAAGUUAUUGCCUAACUAUAGUCUGAUCUAGUAGUUUUUAGUCUGCAAUGGAUUUGAUCUAUUUAAUUUCAGUUUAAACUUUUAGUUCAGUUUUGAAAGCUCAGGCAUUGUUAAAUACACUGUAUAGGAUGAAAGAGUUCUUUCCUUUAGGAAUUUGUGAACAAAUGUUUUAAGUAAAUUUUUUAUUAAAUUGAUGAAUUUUGAAUGUUUUUAGACAAAUGUUGAUUAUGAAUUUCAUAACAAAGUUUGGCUUUCUUAAGACCACACAAUGAUUGUAACAAUUCUUAUUAACAUGAUUCGUGUUUCAGUUGAGUUUCCUUACAGUUGUUCAUUGUUCAUUAUAAAAUGAUAUUUGUCCAAUUUGGAACAGUACAAUCUAGGAUAAUUUUCAAGUAACAGUAAAUGAUUGAGUCAAUAAGAUUUGAAAAAAAUUAAACCAGCUAUUUUUAAUUGCUCUUCAUGAAGUAAUCUUAAAUUUAGUGUUGCUCAGCAAUUGUAGAUAAUGCCUUAACAUGGAUUUUAAUGUUUGCAAGAUUUGCUAAGUUCACAAAAUAAUAGGCAUUAUCUUUCAUUAAAAUUUGUAAUGUUUUAUAUUCUGGUUUCAUAGCCAUUUGUCAAUCCACAGUGGUCAUUAUGGUUCUAAAAUAAACUUUCAGACUUCUUAUACCUUGUUGGAGAUGCUUCAAAAGAAACCUCCCAACUCCAGCUAACAUCAAAAUUAAAAAUCAGUUUUAAUAAAUAAAGCUUUGUAAUUUUCAAGACUAAAAUCAUUAAGGGGCUUCACAGUAUUUAGUCCUAAUUAAAAACCCUCUCUUUGUUCUAUAACCUUAUUUAUAAAUUAAAAUUUUUGCAAUUGUAUAAACUAGUAAUUGAAUCCCAGUCUGAUCUAUAGUGUACUGACAUAAUGAGCUGAUACUCUUUAAAUGUGGACCUAUAAGGAGAGAUUUUAUGGUGUGCUGUAUUGUGCUUUUAGCCUGUUUUCCACAGUUAAUUAGCAUUUAAAAGUGAGAGUCAUUUUGACUCAAGCUAUUUAUGUAUUAAUAGCCUUGUGAAUAUUGCAGUCCUUUUUAGAUUGUAUUGGUCUAAAUAUGCGUUCUGCAGUGAACCUGUUAAGCUGUUCACGUGUACAUAUUAUUGAAAUACUGUACUUGUACACAUCUGACUAUUGACAUUUUGUACUUUUUUUCUAAAUCCAAUAUUUCACAAUAAAAUCUUGUCAAAAGCA